CAUUGCCCUUCCUCGCUUGACGUCUCUUGCUAUACUGUACUUCGUUUUGCUUACUACCUAGCGUUAUCAGCAAUCCCUGAUCUCACUCGCUGGGAAAUAAUAUCGUUCUCAAUCGUAACGUCCGUUUAUGGCGUAGUCUCUCGAUUCCGUGUUUUUGUAAUGGCUUCCCGCGGAUCCUCUUACAUUGGAAUUCGUCAUGCGCCGCCCUUUCGGCGUGGCUCUGGCCGCGGGGCUCCAAGUACGGCUAGGUCAGCGCGGCACCCGAUAAUGCUUUCGCGAACAAGACAUAUCAGAACCUUCGUGAGCUGCUGUAAUGCGGAUCCCAGGCUAGGCUAGCACUAGCCCUAGCACUAGCACUGGCACUAGUAACUCGCAUCCCCGUUCUAGUAGUCGUCUCGACACAACCAUGGGGCAGGCGAAUUCCACCUUCGAACGCCCGGGCUCGCCCCCCUGCACGCCCGCCGGCCGCUACCCGCCGCUCUUUCCGCCGUCCCCUUCCGCCGCGCUGCCCUCCCCGCGCCUGAGCACUCCGCGCGCGUGGCACCCGGACGUGGUGCGCGCGGUGUUCUCCGACAGCGACUGCGUGCACGACGCCGUCUCGGGUCUCCUCACGCAGUACGUCGAGAAGAUCGUCGGCGCCACGGACGCCAACUACCGCGACCCGGACUCCAUAGAGGCCAUCUUCUUAGCCGGUCCCGCCACCGGCAGUGGCGGCGGCGGCGGUGGCGGCGGCGGUGGAGGUGGCGGCGGUGGAGGUGGGGGGGGACAGCUCCGCCUCGCGACCGCGGCGGCGGUCAGCGCAGGCGCAGCUGCGCCAGUGGGUAAUUGGCCCCCAGAUCCCUCCAGACGAUGUUCCCCGCCACUCGCCCAGACUGCUGGGGAAGAAGCCUCCACCGGCUCCUCAGCUGCUGCGUUUGUAGUCGCCGCAGCUGCGGGGGACGGUAGCGCUACAGGCGGCGCUACAGGCGGCGCUACAGGCGGCGCUGCAGGCGCUACAGGCGCUACAGAUGCAGCCCCUAAAUCCGCGUCGCAGCAGCAGCCGUCGCUGCAUCCGCUGAAACGUCUGUCGAGCCGCCGGCUGGUGGCGGCGCCCGUGGCGCGCGCGCGCGAGGCGGCGACGAGCGAGGCGCUGGAGCAGCUGGAGGGCGCGAUGCGACAGCUGGCGCGCGCCGAGUACGACUGGCUCGUGAGCAAGAUCGCGGAAGCUUCCGCGAUGGCGGCUGGGAAUAAGGAGAUAAGCAGCGCCAAUAGCGGCGGGGGGGGCGGAGGCGGAGGCGGAGGGGGAGGCGGAGCGGGGGGAAGGAGCGGGCGGAGCAUUGCGGGGAUUGGGAGCAUCAGUCAGCGGUUUACCCGGAGCAGCAGCUCUAGGUCCGGGUUUGGUCCGGCGAGCUCCCGAACCGGGAAUGCAGGCUCGGUGCCCCCGCCACACCCAUUCCCCCGCAGCUCGUCGCAGAAACCAGGGCACAGUCGCUCGCUGUCGCUGGGGCAGGCGCUGUCGCACAGCCACGCGAGCAGCCAAUCAGAUGCGAGCGCGAAACCGUCCCACAGUCGCUCACUGUCGCAGGGGCACUUGAGUCUAGAAGCGGCGAAGGUAGAAGAGGUGUUCGUGGUGGGGCUGGCCAUGUGGGUCGAAUUCUGGAAGCAGUGGGCCAAACCUGCCAGCCACGGCGCUGCCGGAGCUGCAGCCUCGGCGCUAGGCUCGGGAUUAGGGUCGGCGGCGCAGGGGGGGAAGGGGAAGGAGAGGGUUUUGGGUGGAAGUUCCGUGCUGGAGGUGCAAUUGGACGGGUUAAGUUGCAAGAAACCCUUGGAAGAAGGGACGUUUUUCUCAGUUGACCUUGAUGAUGGGGAUGAGAAGGCGGGGAGAGGGGAAGCGGAGGGGGGAAUGGUAAGUGUUGAUUUAAGUGGUGGGUGCGAGGAGGACGAGAGGGAAAGAAGGGGAGGGAGUGGAAGGGAGGGGGGUUCUGGAAGCUUCAGGGAAGCUUCUGGCAAGGAUAAUCAGGAGGGCAAUCGACCUAAUGGGGGGAAGCAUGAGGUAAGGCAAAAGAGCCAACGGGUUAAAUUUAUUGCUCCACUGACUGUUUAUAACUCUUCCAGCCGAGAAGUAGAGACCAUCGACAGUAACGGAUCCCUCUCUAACGAGGAUAGCCAGAGCCCGGACAGCAGAGGCUCCAGCGGCGAAAGCUUUGAAAACACCGACUAUGCGUCUAACGCGACAGGCCAUUAUAACGAGUACAACGAGUAUGUCGAGUACACUCUCAGCAGCAGCAGCUACACUCCCACGAGCUACACCUCUGGCGGCAGCAGCGGCACGCCAUUCGCAGCAGCCUGCGCCCCCCACGGCCCCUAUGGGGUCCACGUGGCGGAGCUAGAGGGCGACCUGAGGGCUGAGGCGGGCCGGCAGCUGCAGGAGCAGCUCGUGGCGGCCCUGCUUGACGGCACAGAGGGCGCGCUGGGGGAGGGGCUAUCUGGGGGGGGUGCUGCAGCUGGCGGUGGUGGUGGUGGUGCGUUUGGUUUUCGCAGCAGUAGCAUCAGCAGCACCAACAGAGGCAGCUUCAGCAGGAGCAGCAGCUUCGGCAACAGCUUCGGCAACAGCUUGGGUAGCGGGUUCGGUGGCUACAGCAGCGCGGGGGAAGUUGGGAUCGGCAGUGGGCUUGGCUGUAGCAGCUACAACCCAGCUCUGGACGUGGUGAAACGGCUCAGAAGCGCCUCCUUCUCCUACUCCUCCUCUUACUCUCACGCCGUGGACCAGCACUCUGCUAACAGCAGCCCUGCAGGCACGCCCACCCCCCCUCCCCCCCCUCUGCAGCACACGGACGUGGUUCGGAUAUUAGGCUUGGCAGCCGCAGUGUCGAACCACAUGCCUGUGAGUGCCGCUGUGUGCGUGCUCCGGCUGCUCGAUAGGCUCGGGCGGCAGGAUUGGUUGACGGGAGGAGGAGCGGGGAGUGCAGGGAAAGGGGGGAAGGGGAGGGGGAGAGGUGGGGGGAGGAGAGGGCGGGGCGCGGCGGUGGCUGCAGCUGCUGCUAAGGCUGCUGCUGCGUCGGCGGCGAGAGCAGAAGCAUUAAGAAGAGGAGGGGGGAUGUGGGACGGUGGUGGUGUGAGUGGGGGGGGGAGAGGAGGGUUGUUAGAAGAUGAGGAGGAGGACGAGGAGGGGGAGGAGGAGGGGGAGGAGGAGAGGGUGGGAGGGAGAAACAGUGAUGGCGGUGAUUGUGAUGAUGGCAUUAAUGGUGGUGAUUCCGAGGCAGCGGCGGAGGCUCGGGAGGCGCUGGAUCGGGAGAUGGAGGCUCGGGAGUGCCGCAUGUUCGUGCUGCAGUGCCUCCUAGACCUGGUAGACGCGCUUGCCCUCAAAUGCAGAUUAAGACUAAGACCAGCGGGGUCCAGUGCAUAUGUAGAUGGGCUGGACGGGAUGGGGGGGAUGGGGGGGCUGAGAGGGAUGAAUGGGGUCACAGGGAUGGAAGGGUAUGGAGAGGGGGUGUACGGAGCGGUAGCGACCCCAACAGGGAGUGUGACAGUUAUGAAAGGGUUUCAGGACCAGGAAGAGUUGGCAGCAGCAUCAACGGCAUUCCAGAAGCAGAAGUCUUGGAGCAUCAAGGACUCUGCUGCUGCUGCAUUCUACAGAAACUCGUCAACUGCUGCUGGAGGGAGAGCAGCAGCAGGGUUCUGUGAGUCUGAUGACAGCGCCAACAGCAAUGGGUUCAACCCCUCUCUCUUCCAACGCCAACCCUCCUGGGUGGGAGGAAAGCCUGCUGCUGCUCUCGGCGCCUCUGCUGCUCCCUACCCGCCGGGUCCUGCGCUCUCCUCCUCACUGCGCCGCCAGCCCUCGUGGUGUGGCACUGCGGCGUUCCAGCGCCAGCCGUCCCUCGGCUUCCGCAGCAAAAUCGGCGCUCUGUUUCUGGACGAGGAGAGAGAGGCAGGAGGAGGGGCGUGGGGGGAAGGAGGGGAGGGAGGGGAGGAGGGUGGCAUGGGGGAUCUGUCCAAGGUGUGGCGGCGAAGGGGGACGAUAGGCUCAGGUGCGGGCCGGGCCGGCAGCAUAUCUGUUUCCAACGCCCCCCCUGCUCCUGUGCGCCGUGCCACCGCUGGGGCUGCUAUCGCUACUGGUGGUGCUGCUGGUGCUGCUUUUGCUUCAUCUGCUACUGUCUCCUCCUCCGCCUCCUGUUUCUUCGGCGCCACGCGCCUCACAGAGCUCGCUGAGCUCGCACUGGUCCGCUCCAUCCUCCAUGCUCCACCCCUCCCAAACACCCCAGGCUUUCCCAACGCCCCACCUCUUUCAAACACCUCAUCUGUCCACGUCUCUCAGAAGCUAAGACAGCUGGACUCGCUACUAACCACCCACGCGCUCGGCCCCGGGAUUCUCGCCCUCGUUUUGGCGGGGGAAGUUGCGGAGCUACCCCAUUUGACCCAGGACGAUCUCUGGCUCUUAGCCGAUCGUGCAGACGAGAUGGGGUGCAUGGAAGCCGCUAUAAGAAUUUCUCUUAGAGCCGCCGCUGUCGCUUAUGACGAUCUUGACACUGUAGCAGAUACGGUCCGGGUGGCGAUGGCCCCUAAUGGGACGGAGCCAGUGCCGCAGAGGAUACACAGGCUGCUCGGGGCGGCGCAUUUUGGACUGACGCACGCGCCAUCGGGCGGCGUGCGGUGGGAGUAUGCGAUGGCGUUUGGGGCGGCGUUUCUGGAGCCGCUGCGGGCGGCGGCUGCCGCCGCUGCUGCUGCUGAUGCAAGGAGCAGGGCGCUGGGGUAUGGCAGGGAGUGGGGCGGUGGGGGAGGGGGGAGAGGGGGAGGGGCAGGAGAAUGGGGAGGAACGGGAGGGGGGAUGGGAACAGGGGGGGCAGCAGUGGGAGUGGGAGGGGGCAGGGGAAGCAGUUGGGGGGUCGGAGCAACAACAGGAGCAGGAGGGGGGGUAGUAGGGGGACGGACAGCAGGAGCAGGGGGGGCGAGGAGGGACGUGGGGUACCCGUGGGCUUAUGAGGUGGCGAACGGGUUUCUGCAGCUGAGCCGCGUGUUUGGAGGGCCGCCCAGCAGAGAGGAGGAGGAGAGGGUGGGCGAGAUGAAGGCCCUGUGCGCCAAGUUCGUGAUGCGGCUCGCCAUAGAGCCGCUGCUGGUGGUGCACGAGGGGGAGGGGGAGCAGGGGGAGGGGAAAGGGGGGGAUGGGGAUGAGACAGGGGCGGAGGGGGAGGAGGGGGAAGAGGAGGGGGGGAGGAAGGGGGAGGUGGAGGGGGGAGAGGAAAGGGAGAAGGGUGGAGAGGAAUGGGGGGAUGUUAAGGAGGGUGGAGAUGAGAAGGUUGACAGCAGUAGCGGGAAGCUCUGUAAUGGAUAUAGUGCCCGGAAGAGAUUAGAAGGGAGGAAGAUUCCAGAGGGUAGGAAAACUCCGGAAGGGAGGAGGAUAAUGAGUUUCUUUAAGGUGGGCAACGAGGCCCUAAGGGAUCUGCUGGACGGGUAUGAGACGGGCGAUGGGGGGGAGACGUGUGAUUGGGGGGAGGUGGGCUGUGAAGGGAAGGGGAGUCGGAAAAGGGGUGAGAAGGGGUGUGAGAAGGAGAGUGAGAAAGCGAGUGAGAAGGGAAGUGAGACGGGAAGUGAGGAGGAGGAGAGUGAGAGAAUACGCAAUGACACUGACAAGACUGAUAGAAAGAUAAACGGAAGAGAGGAGGGGGAAGAGGUGGAGGUUGGGGAGGAGGAGGAGGAUGAGGAUGAGGGGGAUUUGGAGCCUGUGUUUGACUUCAGUAAGGGUUCAACCAUCCAUUCUCGGGACUCCCUUAUGCACCCACCACCACCACCCCUACCUCCCUUCACCAUCUUUCCUAAAUCCUCCUCCACCUCCUCCUCCUCCUCCUCCUCUCGCCACACUUCACACUCCCUCACUCCUUCGAGCGCCACUGCCACCACGGCUGUUCAUAGCGGCACUCCCACCAACGCCCGCCCUCCCCAAUCCUCCCUCCACACCCAAAACGGUCGCAUUGCUCCCCGGCCCUCUGCGCUAGGCUCGGCAGUGGCCGAAGGCCCAGAUGGCCUGCCAGCAGGGCUGAGUGCCGAGGCUGAGAGGGAGGCUCGGCAGCGGCAGGCUCGGGAGGCAGCGCUGGUUCGGUGGGCGGCGGAAGUGAGCUUUCCAGGGGUGGAGGUGGGGUGGGCGCAGUGGAAAGCGGUGGGGGGGCUGUUGGAGAGAGAGAGCGGGUUGAUGCACAAAGCGCUGCCUGUGAUGUGGGGCAAAGCCGUCAAAGGGACGUUCAAGGCAGUAACACCCGAUGGCUCUAUCCCCGAGCAGGAGAUGCUGGAGGUCUUUGACUGGGGCCUCGAGGGGCUGCUGAUCACGCUCACCUCGCCCUCCCCCCUCCGCCACGCGUCCACCCCUCGCACCCCCUCCCCCUCCUCCCUCUCCUCCUCGCCUCUCCCCGUCUCUGCUCCCUCCUCUACUUUCUCCUCCUCCUCCUCCUCCUCCUCCUCCUCCUCCUUCUCCACAUCAACCCAUUCCUCUUCCGCAGCCAAAAUCCCAAACGCCACGUCGUCUGCUCUACCCAGUACACUCCCUCCAACUGCAACCACCCAUCGGUUUCCAGAGGUCAUCCAGCAGCCCAUACCUCCCCCCUCCUCCACCUCCUUCCCGCACUCCUCCUCCACCUCCUCCUCCUCCUCCCUCGCCCCCACGCCGUCCCUCCAGCGCUCCGCCUCCUCCCUCGUCUCCGGCUGGGCCUGGAUCGAGCCGCUCAUCUCUGCCGUCGAUCCGCGGGAGAAGGACAUCGGCGAGUUAAUCCUGGCCGUUGCAGCGCGCAUGGCGGCGCAUAUCUACUGGAGAUGGCCCAGGAGGAAAGACAAUGCGCGCUACAUCGCCCGCCUGCUGCUCUACGCUCACAGGCGGUUCGGGUGGCAGCAAGGGGGGCAGGGGGGGCAGCAGCAGGGGGGACAGGGGGGGCAGCAGCAGGGGGGACAGGGGGGGCAGCUGAGGAUGCGCGCGGUGAAAGUGAGCGAGCGGCUGUGGGGGUGGAGCAUGCCCGAUGCUGCUUCCGUGCACGAGCAGUGCGAGACCAAUGAGGAGGCUCAAGAGAUCAUGGACAGCGCAAUGAUUGCAACAUGGACGGGCAUUGCAGCGUGAUUCAAGCAGCCACUGGAGUCUUGCCUUUUAAAGCGUGGCGCAAAUGAGUAAAUUCUAACCUGCAGUGGCAUGUCUGGUAACAAUAUACCGUUUCACCUGUCUGGCAUUCGAGGACAUUUCUUGCUCCUCAUUCUUGUGUACCAUGAUGUGCUAUGUAUCAGAAUAAUUGAAUAAUGGUAAAGUGAGAGU